CCCUCAUCCAUCAAGCUUUCCUCCUCCAUCCGAAUCCGAGUCUCCUUGCAAAUGGGUCACGGAUAGGACCUCGUCCACCUCGAUGAAAUCCUCCCAGACGAAAUCUGUACACCGGUGUUGGAUUUGCUCGAGCAACGAUGCAUGGAUCGCAAGUCACCUUCUCACCACGGCUCUCUGCCCACCGGUCAACAGCCACCGCAAAAAGAUGGCUAUAGUCCGCCGACAAUCGACCAGUCGCAUGAUGUUGCCUUGGUGAUCAAAGCACUCGAUCAAACCUACAAUUGCCAUGGGGUCUGUAGUACAAAGAUCUUGCUCUGGGGUGCCUCGGGGUGUGGCAAGCGUCGCAUUGCUACGGAAGCUGCUCUGGAGUUUUCCACCCGCACGGGCUGCAAAGUCCUGUGGAUAGAUGGUCGGUCUUUCGAAUGUUUCAUCCGUGAUUAUCGAGCGGCGUACACCACCAUUACCGGAGACCAUCUUCCUCAAGGUCUCUCCUUGACUCAUACGAUCUUGAAGAUUCGGUCUACGCUGGAAGCUCGUCGGGAUGAAUCGCUCAUUGUCGUCUUGGAUCUGCAGUUCUACCUGGAAGAUGACAUGGAGGCCGAACUGAAAGCACCCCAUCUCUUUCUUCCGGACCGCUGUCGCAUGCUCUUUACUUCCUCAUAUGUCCUCCCGACAGUGAGCGGCAUCGAUGACAGCAGACCACCUGUGGAAUGUGGGCUGAAGCUUGCCAGCCGAGCAACAUGCCUGUAUGUUGGCGCACUCAGCGAGGAACAAGCCAUGCAGUAUUUCAGAGCUUCAGUGCCGAACAGCAACGAUGCAGUCGACUGUCUCCGCGCUUUCUGGCACUGGCAAGACAACUCAUGGCACACCACACCACUUCACCUUGCGCUUUCCUGUGCUUGCAUGCGCCUGCUGCAGGUUUCGCCCGGCCAUUUUCAACGACUGUGCGCACACAAGGCCAGGCAAGGCUACAGUCCUACAUGGCCAGGCUGCAGCCCGAUCUUUCCGGAUAUAAUGUCUAUUCUAUGGGAUGCCCUCAAUGACUAUGAUAUAGCUGCGGGGCGGUUGCUGACCAUCUGCUCAGUCGUCGAUCGAGUGGAGAUUCCCGUUGAUCUUGUUGAGAAGUUGCCAAUGUUUCAGAACAAUCAAGGACGACUUCACUCUGCAAUCGACUUGCUCCGUCUAAGUGGGUUGGUUGAGGUACACCAGGGAUCUGAUAUCAGUACCAUCAAUAUUCACCCUCAGGUUCAACGUUGGCUACAACUCAAACGUCGAGAAAUCGAGGACAAGCAAGAGCUCACAGGUCUCGUCCACGCAUGGAUCUGUGUGCUCAGUGACUAUCUAACCAAACCAGAACACGAGCUCAAGAAGGAUGACCCCAUCUUUGAUGCCGAGAAAUUCUGGCGGAUGCUCGCUCAUAUUACCUCGCUUUGCAAUUUCAGAUCAGGGCAGCUUCAGGACCUUUGCUGCGCGCAGUUCAUGACGUUCCUUAAGCAUGUCGCCAUUUUCCUUAUCGACGACGUUGUCUUGAAGGGCCUGGCCGGCGUCACCAUCACACAUGCAUUCAACAUGUGCACUCUCCUACAAUCUCAGCAGGGUCAUAAUAUAAUACUGGACCGUGAGUACGUCCAGAUUCGUCAGGUGCGGGCCAGAAUUCUUAUAGGCAUAUCGGAAUACUCUCAAGCGAGGAUUGAACUUCGAGAGGCGAAGCGAGUUCUUCGCCGUCACCUACCAGGCGGCGCCAGCAGCACACAAAUGUUGCGCGAGAUUGAGGAUGUAGAAGCGUUCCUUAGCGUCGCCCAGAGGAACUGGCCCGAAGCUGGCCGGAUUCUCACCAAACUGCUGGCUACCUCCGAAACUAACGAUGAUCCCUGCGACCUCGCGCAGAGACACCAUUGGAUGGCGAGGUAUAAGGCAGCCGUUGGUGCAGAUAUCAGCGCCUUGGAACAUUCGCACAUGGCCAUGUCAUAUUGGAGAGAUCUACCGCAUGCAGAACAAUGGGGCUUCAAAGACAGCAGGCUCCUGACCUGGGUCGAAAAGCACAUGCUAAAUCUAAUGAACAUGAAGAAGUACAAGGGAGCCCUUCUUUUUGGGACACGACUACUGGAAAGAGCGUACGAGCUUAAGCCACUUCUCGGAGGCUCUGUUUGCCGCUUGACUUAUCGAGUUGUGUAUUGCCAAUGUAUGCUAGACAUGGCCGAUGAUGCCGAAAGAGCCGUGUGUCGACUUCUUGAAUUGCCAUCGCACCACCAGCAUGGAGACGACACUACCCGGGCGUAUCUGCUCUUCACACUGUAUGAGCUUGCGGUAGUACUGCAACGCCAUGGGAGGACCGUGGAAGCCGAAGGUUUGUACAGAUACAACAUACAGUCAUCGAAGCUCUACGACGUCAAGAACCUGGGCGGCACUGAAAGGUAUGAUAGCUGGCGUGACUAUGUACAAUUAAUCAUGUGUCUCAUUGAGCAGGGAAAAGUGAUGGAGGCCAGAAAACUCAAGGAAGAAUACGAGGAUGAGAAUCCGGACAAGGAGUUUGCAAACUCCAUCAUCCAGAACAGCUGGGCCGCUUAUCGUCAUUCGAGAGAUUUGUACACCAGAGCAGUUGAAGCAGAGAUAUCUGGGACAGCGUUGGAGUUCAAAGCAUCCCUUGAUUUGGCCGAGACCCGACAAGACUUAAAACGGGCAGUGAAAUGGUUCGGAAGCCCAAGGCGUCGGGUCGAAAGGGGCAAGGACUUCGAGAGCGACGUCGACCUGCACCACAUCGGUCGGGCACGGGAAAGCCGUCUUCUUCACCUCCUUGACUUCCCUCUCAUCUACUUGGCUUUCGUCGAUCGACGGUCCGAAGCUUCAGCCGACGACGCAGGGAUUACCGAGUUUCUCUGGGCCAAUCUUCGCCAAAGCGUCCUUGGACAGUAUUGGAAAUGGUGUGAUUGCAGGAGGAAGAGACGGCGCAGUCAGAGCAUUCAUGAAUUAGAUGGCUACGUCGUCAAGGCAAACUGCGAGAGUGAGGCCUCGCAGCUGAAGAAGCUGAGACAGAGACCAAUCACGGACUGGGUGAUAAGAACGCCGGGUGGGAACAAGGCAGUCGGCGCAAAUUGCGGUCCCUGUUGUCCGUGCGUCGAAGCCAACAAAAGAGGCCUUCUCGAGACAGCUGCGCUGGAAUCGAAACUUUGGUUGUGGGAGGAGCGGACUUUCAAAAAACGCCUGUCAAAGAUUAGGCCCAGGUUCCGGAACACUCCUCCAAGCCGAUCACCAAUCCCCGAAGAUGAGUUAUUCACCCUCAUCCAACCUAAUACUUGGUUCUGGAUCCAGUCUGAGUUUGCGAAUGGAGAGGUUGAAGGGGAGAAUUAUAUCAUUCCACGAGCGAUUGAGAUUCCUGGAAUAGCCAUCACACCACCUGAAGGCCAAGUGGAUCUCCUGCCGCUCGCUGUGGAUCCCCAAGAGAGACUUACAAAGUAUUAUAAGAAGGACUAUGCGGCAGCCUUUGCUUCUAUAUUGGAGAGGCAGGAGACUGAGUGCUAUGGACCGACUCGGUUAGAUGAUAUCUUGGAGGACGACGAAGACGAGGAGGAUGACCCGUGAACUCGAGUCCGGGAUGAACAAGGGUGCCAUUUAAUACCCUCAUGCAGAGAUAUGUCGGAGGUGGCCAUAUUUGUUAUAAUGGCAGCCAGAAUAUCAUGGAAGGUAUAGAAAAGGGACAAGGCUUUCACCACAGCCUCGUAGAGAUUUAUUGUCGCAAACCUAGCAUGACGUCAGUCCAGACUUCCGGAUGGUGGUGGCUUGAUUGGACGGGAAAGUGACAAGGAAAACGGGACGUUGGGAUCCAAGUCACCUCGUGCCCGACACCAGGAAAUCCCGAAUACGAUCUGAUCGUUCCAUCUCGCUAUGUUCAUC